AUGGUAUAUACACAUUCACAUUUUGUUGCUUUUUAACAAGUUUUGGCAUUUGACACGUAUUGUAUUUUCGCCCAGCUGCUUUCAAUAUAAUAACAGCAAACAAAUAAACGAAAAUGUGGGACCAGUUAGCGAGAUAUCGCAAUAACUUUCUGCAAUACGAGAUCAAGGAUGUGAUGAGGCCGACCUCCAUCAAUAGCCUGCAGGAGAAGGAGUGGACUCAGGCCAUGGAGAAACGGAAUAUGUGUCGGUGCAUGCCGUAUUGCUGCAGUUCAACUUCCACGCACCUGGAGGAUCGUGCUCAAUUGGCCUACGGCUGGUUUGCACUGCCCAAGCUGCUCAAGGAACUGGACAGUGAUGUUCGCCUGACCCACUGGAGGGCAGUCGUUUCAUUGUCAGAAUUUCUUCUAAAUCCACUGAAUGCACAGAGAGCCAUCAUCGAAAUGGACCUAGUGAGAAAAUUAAAGAAUGCCUUUAUGCGCAUGAGAUUGAAGCAUCACGCAGAGGAGCAUCGGGAGUUGGAGAUGUAUCUUAGGAUUUAUAAUAUACUCUCCCGCAAUCUGGAUGGAGCCGAGAAUAUAGCCAGCCGCAAGUGCCUUAGGGUGGAGUUCUAUAAAAUAAUUAAAAGCCAAGAGUCGAUUAAGGAUGAUUUGACUUCAGAGAUAUUGCGAAAUUUGACAUGCAAGCCUAAAGUUCAGGGUAUAUUCUUGGAGGAUCCUGAAAACUUUUCCGCCUUGUCUGAGAUCUAUAAGCAGGAUCCGUGUCGUCCGCAUUAUCCUGUGCAUUUGUGGCACCACCUAUGCCACAUGCUGGAAGUGGCACCCGAUCAGGGAAUCGAGUUGGGCUUCUUUGAGCUGCUCCACAAAAGGAUCCUAAAUCGCUUGUCCAAUUUCUGGGACAUGAAUACCAAGGCAUUUGCGCUGCUCCUCUGCUGUGCCGAAGGACAGCGGCGUUUCGAUGCGGUGGAUGGUGUAAAGCUGCUUUACGACGUCUUUGCCCAGCCCGAUGAGAAUCCGCGGCAGUUGCUGCCCCGCCAGAAGGUGGAAAACUGGGAAUAUACGGUACUGGCCCUGCUGAAUGGCCUCCACAGUAAGCGGGCCUUGUGGCGCAGCAGGGAGUUCACCCAACUGCCGUGUUAUGUGGGCCGUCUGAUGGCCUCCACGACCGAUAAUCCCCGCCUGCAACUUUAUUGCCUAAAAGUGUUCCGGGAGCUGGGCGUAAUGCCCUGCAUUAAGCGCUAUAUUAUUGGGAACUGGCUGCAGGACAUUUGCCACUUGUUCUGCCUGGAUGCUGAGGCGGAAUGCGCUCGGGAUUCUCUGGUCGAUUGGCUGCGCCGGGACAUAGCCGAUAGUAGUUAAAACACCCGUUUGUAGUUACUUUCACCUAAAGCGGAUUGUUUGUUACUUGGAAAACAUCGCUUUUCCCCGCUUUCUACCGCUCAGAUAAAUUUGAACCGUUUCAAAACCACCCCUGCUGUCCCAAAGAGAAACCGGUUGAAAGAGGGGUAGUAAUCCUGGUAAAAAGAGAGAGAUGGGUAGUAAUCUUGUUAAAAGACAGAGAGAGAGCUUUGUCAGCUGUUUUGAAAAAAAAGUAAAUUGUAGUAAAUAUUUAGCAAACACUCCAA